AAAUGGUCUAAUUUGAUCGCCGUCAAAGCGCCGAUUAUCCUAGCGUAUGCAUCAAGCAUACCUAUGCAUCGUGCACGUGGAAGCCAUGUGACAUUCUCGUGAACGCAAUGGCAAGGCGUGUUGUGAUCACCGGCUUGGGCUUGAUUACGCCGUUGGGUGUUGGAACGAAGUUUGUAUGGAAGCGAAUUAUCAAUGGAGAGAGCGGAAUUACUUCAACUUUUGGCAAAGGUUACCAGCAGAUUCCUUCUCGUGUUGCUGGAUUUAUUCCUCGAGGAAAUGGAGUUGGCAUGUUCGAUGAAGACGCUGUAGUGAGCAAGUCGCAAAAGCGUAAUAUUGCUCAGCAUACUCUGUUGGGGAUCGCAGCUGCAGAGCUGGCUUUACGUGAAUCUGGCUACAGUAAGGAUGUACUGGAGAAACUCUCAGAUGAAGAGAGAGAGAGAAUGGGAGUUUGUCUUGGAGUCGGAAUGUCUGACCUUGAUGGCAUCGCUGAGACUUGGUUGGCAUUUGAAAAUGAGGGCUACCGUAAAGUCAGUCCUUACUUCGUUCCCAAAAUGCUGACCAACUUGGUUGCGGGAAAUAUUAGUAUUCGAUUCGGCCUGCAGGGACCGAAUCAUUCGGUAUCGACUGCUUGCUCGACUGGCUCUCAUUCGGUAGGCGACGCUUUCAGAAUGAUUCGAAAUGGGGAUGCUGAUCUUAUGCUAGCUGGUGGGACGGAUGCUCAGGUAACACCACUGGCGAUGGCUGCUUUUGCAAGGGCGAAAGCUUUGAGCACGAAGUUCAAUGAUACGCCAGAAAUGGCUUCGAGACCUUUUGAUCGAGAAAGAGACGGAUUUGUUAUUGCUGAAGGAGCCGCUGUCCUCAUUCUUGAGGAGUAUGAAAGAGCGAAACAGCGAGGUGUUGAUAUAUAUGGUGAAAUGUUGGGCUAUGGAAUGUCAGGAGACGCCAGCCACAUUACUGCUCCAAGUGAAGAUGGCAGAGGAGCAUUCAAUGCCAUGACUGCAGCAUUAAGAGAUGCACAGCAGAGUCUGGAAAAUGUUUGUUAUAUUAAUGCACAUGCGACGUCAACCCCACUGGGUGAUGCUGUAGAGAAUCGAGCCAUUGUGCGGCUCUUUGGAUCAAACAAUGGUCUAGCAGUUUCCUCAACAAAAGGUGCUACAGGUCAUCUCCUCGGAGCAGCAGGGAGCCUGGAGGCAGCCAUUACAGCUCUAUCACUUCACACAAGAGAAUUGCCACCCACGAUCAAUCUGCACAAUCUGGAUCCAGCUGCCGACUUUCCUUUGAACUAUGUGCCAAACGAAGCUCAGCAGUUGGCAUCAGAAAGAAUGCCGGUUGCUCUGAGCAACUCAUUUGGAUUUGGAGGUACUAAUGCUUGCCUUUGCAUGAGAGCCAUGUAGGACAUGAAUAUGCGCAGCUCUAAUAAAUGAUCUAGUUGCACGGCUCUGACAAUAGAUUGUGCAGCAAUGAAUUCUGUAUCUCUAAAUGUAUGUUAUAAUAAUAAUAGUUGCAGUGUGAAGAGCA